GUAGGGGGAAAGAAAUCCACGCUCUAAUGGCUGUCUCCGCUUCAUCACGCUGGGGAAAAAAAGUCCGCCCUCUCCGGGGUUGAGAGCGGAUUUUUCUCCCUCGAAAAAAAGUCUGACCUCUGGGCGGUCAGACUUUUCUCCACGGACAAGAAUUCUUCCGGUUAGGGCAUCGUUCUCGUUUCUAGCCUCUGCUUCUCCUCUCCCUGGCCGUCUCCGCAGCAACGCCACCUCUCCGCAGCAGCUCUUUCUCGCUGGUAGGCCGUCUCUCUCUCUCUCUCUCUCUCUCAAGCGAGUAUGUCAUAUCUGCAGCUUGCGCAUUUUAUCCCUUCAACCAUAACUCUUUCUCCAUCAUCAACAGCAUCUUCUUCUAGACCAUCGUACAGUCAUGGUUCUUCAGCGGCGAUAGAUAGUGUGGUCAAGCUUCAGGGUUCUGUACUUCGUUUCCAAGUUCUGAUUUUUUUUUGUUUUAUUUCGUUCAUUGGUUGUAAAUCUGGGUCGAGAUUAGGAUUUUGUGGAUCGGAAGUCAUCAGAAAUUUAGGAUUUUGUCUUAGGGUUUAUCGAUGAAAAGUCACGAGAUUCAAACGGUCUAAUUUGUGAGGAACCUCUCUGUUGUUCCUGAAAUUGGUAUCCUCUAUAGAUGUAUAUAUUCAGGCAGGACUCUAAGAAAGUAAUGGUGGUGCCAGAUCCACGAGGAGAAAUGGGGAUCCCUGUUAUCCUGGUAGGCUCUCCGCCGGCUUUCUUGCUGAAAGAAGUUUUGUAUUCUCUUACAAUUGAAUAUGUUGGGCUUAGUGUCAUUCUCUUCUUUCUUGAAAAUGGCAUUACUUUAAGGUUUUCUUGGAGUCUAAGCUUUUCCGGGGUUUCAGUGCGUCAAGAUUUUUGUGAACAUUGCCAAAUCUUUGAUUAGUUUUUAUAUCCUUUUUUUGUUGGACUAAAUUGUGCUGAUUAGCAAUUGGAAAUGCUUAUUAAUUUUUUCCCUUCUACCAUUAGUUGCGACAAUGGCCUCCGUCCCUGUUUGUGUGAUAGCACUCCUUGUGCUUUUUUCUUUAUUUGAUGGCCUGAUGCUGAGGCACAGUUCCACUUCUUCAGAUGGUGGUAAUGAGAUUUAGAGGAAGAUUGAAGCUGUCAUUAUUGGGAACUUUUCUACCCAAGUUUUACAAUGUCUUCUCCAUCCCUAUUACGUCUCAUUUUGCCUUGAGCUUGAGCGACUUUACUCGAACUAACGGUUGUACUUUUGUAGGCACUGUUAGUUUUCAUGUCUCAAUUUUCCUCAUUUAAUCUUUACAUCUUAAAUUGUCUCAAAAAACUAGUUCUGAAGAAUAGGUAUGACAUUUGCGGGUCCACUAAUCACUGUAUUUCGUCUGCUGAAUGGUUAAAUCCCUUUAUUUGGGAUGUCGGUUUCUUAUUAAGGAGAUGUGUUGGUGCCAUCCAUAAUCCUAGUUGCACAGUGGUAAAGGAGAUGUGUUGGGUACCAAAGUCUGCAACGUUGCACAGUGACAAUGUUAACUUUUUUAUCCCUGAGUUCUUUUCCACUCACAGUGGAUUUUAUUUCAUUCUCUUCACAAACAAGUAAAGAAUUCAGGGCAGGGACUUUACUUCUUGGAUUUUCAUCCAUGGAUUUUUGUCUAUUAGAUUUUAUCUGUGGCCAUCUAACAGGGCCCAAAGGAAUCCAAACAAAAGGAACCAAAAAACUUGAUGGCAUCUUCGUAAUUAAUCCUCAGAAUGAGGAUAAAUUUAUACUUAUAUGCAGUAAUACCGCAGUGGGCCAGAAGAGAGGAGAGGAGAGGAGAGGAGAGGAGGAGGAAUGGGCGAGGGAGCAAUAGAAGGCCUUCACCCUCAGGUCAUGGAGUGAAGAGGAAGGAACAGGUGGAGAGGAGGAGGAGGAAGAAGAAGGUAGGAGGAGGUGAGAGGAGAGGUGGAUGGAGAGCAUGUCCAUGCUCAGCCAGGUCAUCUCUCACCUCCGCCUCCGCAUCCUUUGGGAGCUCUACGACGUUGACUCAAGGCCCUCAUCGGUGACACACUCUUCUUCGCCCUCGUCCUCUUACAGGAAUCUGGAAAGAGGCCGCUUGAUUGAGCUAGGGAGUGUCUCCAACAAUGAUGAUCACUGCAGUUUUGUGAAAGAAGUGAAGUCUGACACAGUGAAGACAAGUGAAGCAAUGUGCCCUCCCUCCAAGAAAUCACGUAGAGAAAGCAAGAACCAUGAGAUAGUUAUGGAAGAGGAUAUCUGGAGAGAAUUUCCAGAGGAUUUGUUUGAGGUCGUUAGUGCAAGAUUGCCCAUUGCCUCCUUCUUCCGCUUCCGUGCUGUAUGUCGCAAGUGGAAUUCUUUGCUCUCAUCACAUAGUUUUUCACAAGAGUGCGCACAAGUUGAGCAACCACAUCCAUGGUUUUACACGAUAACUCAUGAGGACACUAAUACUGGAGCUAUGUACAAUCCUUUGUUGAAGAAGUGGCAUCACCCAUCCAUGCCUUCAUUCCCUGCAAAGGAAAUAAUUCUUCCAGUGACUUCAGCUGGUGGCCUGGUUUGUUUUCUUGAUAUUGGGAAUAGGAAUUUUUUUGUCUGCAAUCCCCUCACUCAGGCUUUCAGAACUUUGCCCUCAAGGUCUGUUCAUGAUUGGUCACGUAUUGCAGUUGGGAUGACUCUAUCAGCAAAAGGAAAUGCAUAUGAGAUCAUGUGGUUAGAAGCUAAUGGAGAUUAUGAGGUCUACAGUUCUGUUUGCAACAGCUGGACUCGUCCAGGAAGCUUGCCUUCUCAUAUAAAGCUUCCUCUUGAUUUGAACUUCCGGUCUCAGGCUGUUGCUAUUGACCAAGUGUUGUAUUUCAUGCGGGCUAACCCAGACGGCCUUGUCUCCUACAACAUGGAGAGCCAUGUGUGGAGACAGUUUAGCAUACCACUUCCGCCUCAUUCAACGGAUCACAUACUGGCGGAGUGUAGGGGUCGUAUCAUACUCAUUGGCCUGCUGACCAAGAAUGCGGCCACAUGCGUAUGCAUAUGGGAGCUCCAGAAGAUGACUCUCUUGUGGAAGGAGGUUGACAGAAUGCCAAAUAUGAUGUGCUUAGAGUUCUAUGGCAGGCAAGUGCGUAUGAUGUGCUUAGGUAACAGAAACCUGCUUUUGUUGUCACUGCGCUCUAAGCAGAUGAAUCGCCUAGUACUUUAUGAUAUAUCAAGCAAGAAAUGGCAGAAGGUGCCAGGGUGCACACUUGCUCGUGGAAGAAAGCGGCAGUGGAUUGCUUGUGGCACUUCAUUUGUGCCAUGCAUAACUGCUUCUGCCUGAUACAGUUUAACAUGUUUGAUUUCUCAAUUUAGUCCUUCACUUUUAUAGAUGUAAUUUGUCUUUAAAGUAAAUAUUUCCCAGAGGUGCAGCAGUUGUUGUGAUGGCUGAUGAAUGCUUAAUUUACUUCAGGUGGAUGUAAAAUCCUACAUGUAUCCAACACAGUGAAGCUGAUAUGCUUCCUUGACAGUAAAAGGUUACAUUUUUAACUUU